AUGCGAUUGUGCGCGAACGAGGAGCGAAGGGAGGUGACGGCGGCGAUGAAAUCGCGGCUAAGACUCGCGGCGAAAGAGUUUCGGACGCGAGAUGAGAAUCGCGAGGCGCAGACCAAGGUGAGAAUCGCAACCGUGAAGGCGGCUUGCGAGCGCGAUCGCGAGGCGACGGAGAGAGCGCGCGAAGAGGCGCUUCGAGCGGAGAUGGAGGCGCGAAUGCGCAUCGUGGAGAACGCUCGAGCCGUCGAAGAAGAGCUUAUGAACGAUUUACGUUUCGAACGCAACGAACGCGGCCAAAUGGAGAAAGAAUUCGCGCGAGAAAUCGAAGCGUUGCGCGCGGCGCACGCGGCAGAGAUGGAGAAAGUCAACGCCGAGGCCGAGGCGCGCGUAGAACGCGUCAAGAAGGAAAUGUGCGACAAAACCAUCGAGCUAGAACGCGUUCAAAAGGACCACAAAGACUCGCUCGAUCGUGAACGUGCUUUGGCGCGCGAAAAGUACGAUAGGCAAAGAUCGGCGUACGAGUUCGUGGAGAAAUCGCUCGCCGAGACGGCAUCGGAACUCGAAUGCACGCAAAGAGCGCACGAAACCUGUCGCCGAUCGCUGGACGAGCUAAGUGCGAGCGCGAAUGAGCGCGAAAAGACCGUGAUCGGUCUGCGAACGGAGUUGACGAAUAAAACUGCGACGAUCGGCGACAUGCGCGCACGCUUGGAUCGUCUCAUUGCGAGCGAGAUUGAUCUCGCGCGGAAAUUAAGUGAGUCGCAAGAGGCGUACGCGACGAGCAUCGAAGAGCGUACGAAACUGCGCGAAAACAUUGAAACCGAACAACAAUCGCAAGCAGCGAUGAGCACGGCGCAUGCGGAGCACGUGCACGAGUUGGAGGAAACGAUUUACGACUUGCGCGCGACGAUUCGGCGCAACGAAAGCGUCGUCGAGUUGGCUACGAGAGACGGUGAGGAAAGACUGAAAAAACUGUUGAGCGAUUUGGAGGAGCGAAAUGAAAAGGCUGAGUCUGAAACAAACGAACUCGUGAAUUCGUACGAAGCUCGCAUUAAGGCGAUGGAAGUCGAACAUUCUGCGAAUCACGCGCGCGCGUUAGCUGAAUUCGCCGAGCGCGCCGACGUGGCGGAAUCGCGACACGAGGAAGCGAUCAGCGCGCUCAACGCGGCGUGGUUACGGAAAGAAAACGAAUGGAAAGACGAGAAACUGCGAUUGGAAAGCUCGCUCGAGUGCGCGACAUCGCGGGAAUCUAAAGCGAACGACGUCGUGGAAACGUACGAAGCGCGGCAUCAAACGCUCUCGGCUGAGAUGGAACGCAUCAAGUCAAGCGCGGAGGCUAAAGAGACUCAUCUGGUCGAUCAAAUACGUGACUCAAAACUUGCUUUAAACGCUGUAGAGGCGUUGACGCACAAAUUGGAGAAGAAAAUGAGCGAGCGAGAGCUCGAGUACGAAUCCGAGCGAUCCUUCGCCGACCAAAAGCUGAGGGACGAGAUCAACCGCACGAACGCUCUUUGGGAACGCAAGACGAAAGAGAACGUUCAGAUUGCGAUUGAAGAAUCUCAUCGCACGCACGAGAGUGCCAUGGAGCGCUUGAUGACUGAGAUGGAGAUGAAGGCGAAAGGCGACGUCGCGCGCGCGGUGGCAAACGUAUCCGAAGCGUAUCAUGCAAACGAGCGCGAGUUGCGCGAAGAGAUCGACGACAUCAACCGACAACACGCCAAACAAUUAGAAACCAUGGCAUUCGAGCGUGAUCGCGCGGUGAGUGAGCUGCAAGCAGACUGUAAUCAUCGUCUCGAGUCGCUCAGCGCGACGCACGUUUGCGAAAUCGAGCGCCUCACGGCUUCGCAUCGUGAGCGCGUAGAGAUGAUGGACGAGGAACACGCGAAGCAGCUGAAACAUUCCAUGGCUGAGGCCGUUCGAUUGGCCGUGCGCGAGGUGGAGGCGCAACACGACGCGCGCGAGGCGGAUCGCGCGGAAAAGGCGGCGGCAAACCAGGCGCAGGAAUUGAAAUGCGCGACGGACGAGUACGCGAGAGAUCUCGAACGUCUCGAGCGCGAGUACGAGACUAAGCUCGAAUCGUGCAUCGCAGUGAGCACGACGCUCGAGCUCGAGCGCGAGAGUUUGCGAAGUCAACUUCGUCGAGCGAGAGAAGAGCUCGGCGCGGCGGAGCUCGAGCGAGCAAUGGACGUGGAGAAGUCGCGCGAUGCCGCGGUGGCUACGGCGUACGCGCACGAAAGUGAGAUCGACUCGAUGCGCAAAGAACACAAAAUCACCAUCACGCGCAUGCAAGACGUGAACGAAUCGGCGGCGAAAGUGGCGAAUGAGGCGCUCUCGGCGUCUCGCGCCGAAAUCUCAAAGUGGCGAGCGAUGUACGAAAAGCGAGAGUCGCGUCCGGAAGACGUACGACGAAUCAAAGAUCUCGAAACGGAGCUGCGCGACGUAAGCGAGCGCUUAGAGCGCUCGGCUCAGCAUCGAAGGACUUUACAGUCCGAACUCCUCGGUCGCGCGAGCGAGUUCGAUGCGACGUCUGCGAGAAAACGCGGCGGCCUCUCCCUCAAGCGCGCGCACGCCGCCUACGCGGCGGCGCCCAGGGAAAGAUGA